UUGCGUUAGGCUGACUUAAAAAUAAACACAGCCAAGAACUUCAAUCGGAGCAGUCACAGUCUUACUUUAGUGCCCAAAAUGCAGGCACUAAGACUUCUGUUUGCGCUGCUCCUCAUUUCCUUCGAGGCGUGGGCCAAGGAUGUGCAGGAGUGUGAGGAAAUCUCAGCGGGCAGUCACAUCUGUCGCGAAAUUGAGAGCUUCCAGCAGCUCAAUGGAUACGUGCAGGAGGAUUGGCGCAGCGUCAAGGUGAUCAACGAGCACACGGGCAUCGAGAGUGGCGGCACCAAAGCUCUGCCAGCUCUGGCCCGGCUGCUGCACUUGGAUCUGUCCGAGUCCGGUGGCCUGACGCUGGGCGACAGGGGACUGCGAGAUUUCACGCAGCUGGAAGGACUCAACCUUACCCACUGCCAACUGGAGGAGCUGCAGGAGGAACACUUUCCACAGAACUCAUCGCUACGCAGCUUGGACGUGAGCUACAAUGACAUACAGCUGAUCACUGGGAAGGUAAUGGAUCGAAUGCCACGUUUGGUGUAUGCGAAUUUCUCCAACAACCUCGUAGCAGAGGUGGAGAUGAAUGCUUUCAAGGGGCUGCGAAAGCUGGAAUUCCUAGACCUGACCACCAACGAGCAGGAGAACGUGACCCUAGGGGAGAAUGCGAAUCUGCGUUACCUUUCCAUCAGCAACAACAACGUGAGGGAUUUCCGUUGGUGCCGUCUGCGUGGUGUGCCCAACCUGGAGGAGCUGCAUCUGCACAGCAAUUGGCUGGAGAAUCUCGACAUGGGCCUCUUCUUUGCCACGCCUCGGCUGCGGGUGCUCAACGUGUCCAACAACAAUUUGUACGAGAUCAAAGCGAAUCUUUUUGCGGCUGCCAACGAGCGAGCGGUGCCCCUCCAGCUGCUCGACUACAGCUCGAACAAUGUCAAAGUGCUGGAGGAUUCGGUGUUUGUCAAACUGUCCAAUCUGAGGACUCUCAAUCUGUGGCUAAACCAAAUCAAUCGGAUCCAUCCGCGUGCAUUCCAGGGAUUGUGCGCCCUGGAGUCCCUCCAGCUGCAGGGCAACAAAAUCUCUGCCCUGCCCGAUGAAGUUUUCUCAAUGCUGACAGCCCUGGAACGACUCGAUCUGAGCAGGAAUAAAAUCAAGCAGCUGGGCGCCAGUAUCUUUGGGGGCACUCUGCUGAGACAACUCACCCACCUCAAUCUGAGCCACAAUAACAUGAUGGAGCUGCAUCCACUGGCAUUUUCUGGAGUGCCACAUCUGCGAGAGCUGCGCCUAAGAGGCAACAAACUAAAGGUGUUGGAUCUGCGCAUGUUUGCCCCACUGCGGCGCCUGCAGCUGCUCACCAUUGGCGAGAAUCGGUUGGAGGAGAUCGAGGGCGAUAUACUGGAGACAUUCGGAAAUCUCUCGCACCUGGAGAUCAACAACAAUCGCCUCAGCUAUCUGGCAUCGCUGCAGACAUCCGAGUAUCUGCUCCAACUGCGGCACAUCCGCAUCGAGGGUAAUCCCUGGCAGUGCCUGUGCCUGGAUGAGAUCACCGCCUGGCUGGACAAGCGACAGGUGGGCUAUGCCCGGCCCAGCAGCGCCUACUACAGUGGCCGCAAGCCGCUCUGCGUGGUCACACCCAUGGAGCAGUGCCUGCGGGACCUGGAGGCAGUGCCCUGGGAGCAGCAAUAAAUCAAUAUCACUAAA